UGCAUAUCCCAACUGAUUUCUACCACAAUGGCCAAAGAAGUCCAGUCUAAGAAGCGCAAGGCCUCCGUGCCUGAAGCAGAAGCGGCCCAGCUGAAAAAGGUCAAGAAAUUGACAACUGAGACUGCAAAAGCUCCAGAAAAGAAGCGCAAGGCAACUGAAGAUGCUACUCCUGUUGCGGUCAAGAAGACCAAGAAACCGAAGCCAGUUACCGCGGACGAGCCCGCAUCAAAGCCUGAAAAGAAGGACACUGCAGAAGCUGUAGCUGCAAAGCCCCAAAAAGCCUCCAAAGAUACCACGAGUGCGGCGGCAAAAGUCAACGGCGCUAAGGACAAGACUGAGGCCAAGCCAAAGGAGGCCAAAGAAUCAAAGCCCACAAAAGAUAUCUCUUCGGACAACAAAGAUGAUGAGGAGUCUGGAGCUAGCGACGACGACAGCGAUUCCGAAAUCGAUGACCAGACGGUGGCCCUACUGAAAGGCUUUGAGAGUGACGGUGAUGAAGAGGAUGCCCAGAGAGAGGAAGGUUUACCUGAAGGCAAAGAAGUUCCAAAGGUCCCCGAAUUGUCCAAGAAAAACAAGAAGGCCAUCAAGCGCGCUGCAGAGUCUGGAGAGCCCGAGAAGCCCGGAGUGAUAUAUGUUGGUCACAUACCCCAUGGUUUUUACGAACACGAAAUGAGAGCGUACUUCGAGCAGUUUGGAAACAUCCUGCAACUCCGCCUAUCUCGAAACCGAAAGACCGGUGCUAGCAAGCAUUAUGCCUUUAUCAAGUUUGAGUCCGCCAGUGUUGCUGAUAUCGUUGCAAAGACGAUGGACAACUACCUACUCUUCAACCAUAUCCUCAAGGUCAAGUUGAUUCCAGAUGAGCAGGUUCCCGCAGACUUGUUCAAGGGUGCCAACAAGCGAUUCAAGAAGAUUCCAUGGAACAAGAUAGCCGGUCGAAAGUUGGCGCAAGGUGCUUCUGAGGCAACAUGGGAGAAGCGUAUUGAGAAGGAGGAAAAGAGGCGAGCAGAAAAGGCCGAGAAGAUGAAGAAACUUGGCUAUGAGUUUGAUGCUCCGAAGAUCAAGUCUGCCCAGAACGUUGCGAAGAAGACUGAGCCUGCCUUAGUAUUGAACGUAGAGGAGGAUGAGACGAAGGCCAUCGAAGCUGCUCCAGUUGUGGAAGAGUCAAGCAAACCUGAGAAGAAGGAGAAGAAAUCCAAGGCUAUCAAAGACACGGAAGCGGUUGGUGAGAGUUCUUCUGCUCCCAUUGAAGAGCCAAGCAAACCGGAGAAAAAGGAAAAGAAAGAGAAGAAGAGCAAGAAGAGCGAGUCUGCUGCCGCUACUGAAACCCCCGCAACAUCAACUGCUGAUGUCCCUGAGAAGAAGCUGAAAACCAAGAAGUCUAGGACUUCUUUGGCUGACGCAACUACUGUCGGUGGCGAUGCUUCACAGGAGAAGACAAAGAAAUCCAAGAAAAACAAGGCCUAGACUGAUGCUUGAACCUGGGAAGGGUUUGCGAAUGUGUUUUAGUGGUGCAAAUGGCGUUGAAAAGAUAUUGGCUUUGAAGAAGGACUUUUCAUUCAUAUUGAUAUUUGUACGCAAAAUUAGCUCCAUCCAGAGAAUAUCGACACCGGGAGGAGUAGUAGCAUCAUUGCAAUACAUAUGAAGAGAAAGCUGUG